AUGCAUAUGAUCGCUGGAACCAUUGCGGUAGCAUUACUAGUUGCUUCCGCAGCCGCGGCCCCUGUGGAUCAGUUGUCCGUGGACAAGUUGUCACCAAAGACUCAGAUAGAGAAGGCUACUUACUGGGAUCUCUUAGGCAAAAGGAUCAUUGCAGAGUUGGAUCUUAUGGUCCCUCGAGGUGUACCUGUGGUGGCUAGCCAUGGUAAAGAUGAUGAUAACGACAAGGACGACGACGACUAUGAUGAUGAUGACGAUGAUGACCAUGGCGACGAUGACCAUGAUGACCAUGACGACCAUGAUCACUGGAAAGAAGUAAAGACUCGAGGCCACAAAGACCAUGACCACCAUGGUAAGGGUAUGAAGGCCAGAGGCCACAGGGACCAUGACGACCACGAUGGUCACGAUGAUGACGAUGACGAUGACGAUGACGAUGACCAUCACCACAAUAAGAGUGUCAAAGCUAGAGGCCAUGGACGACACUGGGACGAUGAUGAUGACCAUGAUGAUGAUGACCAUGAUGAUGAUGACCAUGAUGAUGAUGACCAUGAUGAUGAUGACCAUGACGGUCACGACGACGACGAUGAUCACCAUCAUCAUAGGGGCAUCAAAUCUAGAGGCCACAAAGAUCAUGACCAUGAUGAUGAUGACCACGACGACCACGAUGAUCAUCAUGAUGAUGAUGACCACCAUAGAAAGAGAUGCCUCAAGUGUAGAGGUUAUGGAGACCAUCACGAUGACCACGAUGGCCACGACGACCACGAUAAUGAUGAUGAUGAUGAUGAUGAUGAUGACCACCAUGACCGAAAAUAA